UGCAUAAUGGUGUGACGUUUCACUGUCUUAUCCCAAAUCCUGAUUCCGGACCCAGAGUAAAGAUACCCGCCAUGUUGACGCUUCGCCGUCUCCUCUUGGCACGGCGUACUUCCUUCACCACGUCUACCAGGUACAGAGCGGCGUCGACAACAUCUCUGCGGCCAAAAUUGUUGCUUCUAGGAGACUCGCUGACUCAGGAGGGGACGGAUCCUGACGUUGGAGGCUGGGUGGCUCAAUUGCAGCACCGCUACACUCGCUCGGCUGAUGUCAUAGUCCGCGGGCUUUAUGGCUACAGCACCGAGAUUUUCGUCGAACAUGCUCUUCCGAGUCUCAAGAAGGAGCUGAGUUCUUGGCCAGAACCUCCAGCUUUCGUGGCCGUUUGGCUGGGUGGCAAUGAUUCGGCGCUGCUAUCGGGAUACGAAGCUGCGCUGCACGUGCCGAUCCCCAAGUACCGAGCCAAUCUUCGCGAAAUUGUGCAAGCAGUUCAAAAUAAAGCCCCAGACACCGCCAUACUGAUGAUCACCCCACCUGCAGUGAACGAUCGGGCGCGACGCGAAGUUUGGUCGGAUUCUGACGGAGAACUCGACUUUUCCAAUGACGGCGUUGGUGAAUACGCUCGUGCAUGUAUCGAAGAAGCGGAGAGCUUGAACGUCUCAGUGCUGGAUUUCCAUACAAUUAUGAAUGAAAUGCAUGAGCAGGAGCGCUGUGCUUGCCAAUACGACGGGCUUCACUUCAACCAGAAGGGCAACGAGUUGGUUAUUAACCACAUUCUCACCACGAUCGAGCGUGAAUUCCCAACACUAGCUAAACGCCUGGAUGUGUGGGAACACCCGGACUACCUCGAACUACUGAGCAACAAGAUAGACAACUAACUCUCGCUUCACACAAAAAACAAUCGCUCCUUUCUCUUUUACGUUUUAAAUUAUUCCGUCUUGGGUUUUGCCAUUG